CUUGGUCUCAGUCUCAAUACGCAGUACGGUACUCGCUAGGAAAUACUACCUGACCAGUAAUUCCGCGCCGGAAUGCUGCAGGCAUUAGAGGGGCUGGUCUUUGCUGUACGCGUCUCUGUACUCCGCGCGAUAUGUGUGCAGCCGCUGGAGGAAUGCGCCAUCAAAGACAAGCUCAGUACAGUAUCUAUUGUGAAAGCGGUGCUCCAUACAUGUGCGUGUACCAGCAAAGUUGAGCAAGACGAAAUAGCUGAGGCAUAUUCUGCGUGGAUAUAUGAAGGCAUCUCAGCUCCAGAGACGCACCAUAUCAUAAAGUCGAACUCGCGGCAUGUUAUUGAUCCGCAAAGAGUAGCCCGAAAGUGCCAUCGCAAUACCGUACGGACAGGUAGGGACGCGCUGCAGCAAACAAUAUAUACCUUGCAAGCCAAAGCUACACCGUAUGAUGAAGCGCCCCCAACACUUGGUGCUGCCUAAUGCAUCGAGCACCUGUGGCUUUCCUCAUGUAGGGAUCGAUCAUCGAUACGAGUCUGGUUGAUGCCGGUUGUUGUUGCAAAGCACUAUCCGUUAUCAACGCUGCGCCUACGCUCCUCCAUCACACCAGCACGAAGCAGUAGCGGUAAACUCUGCUGCUGGUUGUGCCUUAUCUGACGGAGGGGGAAUCAGAAAAGGUACCAAGGGCAAAGUACCAGUACCUGCAAAAGUCGUAUGACGGUACAACGCGUCAUGCACCACUACAAGUACCCCCUUCUAUGGGCAGUUCUAGCCUGCGGUGGCACCGCUUCCGAGUGCUCCGCUGCUCCACGCCAGUUUGUAGCAAUCAAUUCUCUGCCCGCUAGCGAGCUCUUCUC